CUUUCCUGAAGUGACUGUGAUGGCGUCGUUAUCAGGGCACACCGAGACGUCCUGCAGAGUUACAGGAAUAUCCCGUUUUCUAAAACGUGAUCAUCUGUGUGCGUCCUGUUGAUUUGUUUUGCUCUCUUCUAUUUGCUUACCAAAUCUGUUUGUAAAUGCAUCAAUAUUGUUGUGACUUUCUUCCCUUCUGGUCGUUUUGCUUCACGUCUUUUGUCUGGAGACUCAUGGUGUUCGCACAGGGUGAGGUAGUAGGUUGUGUGGUUUCAGGGUUGUGAUUUUGCCCCAUCAGGAGCUAACUAUACAACCUACUGCCUUCCCUGGAGGGCAGCAAUACAUCACAGGAGCGCAAACCUCUUUAUCAUCUUUCUAAUGACCCUUAAAACACUUGGCACAUGACUGGUAUUCAGUUUCCAACUCGUCUCUGAAUCGGUAAGUGAUGCUGCUUCAUCAGGCGUUUUCCUUGAAACAUGACUCCUCGUACAGAUUGUACAAAAACUGUGCUGGGUGUAUUCAUUGAUUCGCUAUGUGUUUCUUAAUUAAAUAAAGGCAUAACUGCAAAAAACGAUUGAAGUCGGGUCUUCUCUCUACAUCAAAGCUAAUUAUUGAAAUAUUUUCUCCUUGAAAUCUUGCCAUGUAAUCCCUUUUAAGUAGCUCAUUAUAUAACAAAAUACCCACAGUAUCUAACAGGCUUCCGAAGCUUAUCUCCUCAUCUGCCUUUUUUUUUUUUUUUUUUUUGUAUUACCCAUCUGUUCAAGCAAUUCAUUUCCAGGUUUCAAAUCAAAGAUAAGGAUGAAAAGUCAAACAUUCAAGAUGAGAUUUUACAUAUUUUACCAAAAGAUCAUAUGUGGAUUUACAGCUUUAAAAAAGUCCAGAUUUGUCCGACACGCGCUCGUCAGAACCUGAGCAGGGUUCUCAAUGCGAAAACAAAGCCCAGGCAGAAACACCCACCUCUUUGUUUAAAACCCACCGAGCUUCCAAAAGCCUAGCAGGCGUUUGGAAGUCAACAGGAAAAGGUGACGGCCAAAAGGUUUGCAGUUUAAAUCCCAGGAUGGGAUGAGGACACGUUUGAAUCGUUGCCAUGCAUUCUUUCACAGUAGAUGGCGCCAGACGCUGUCCGUGGUGCGAGGGCAUUUCCACUCAAUCGGUGUCAUCUGCACUAAUGAUUUUGCUUAAUGACUCUUAACACUAAUGGCAUAAGAGUUGGAACCAUCAGGAGAGUAGUGACAAUUACACAGUAUAGAAAUACUGUUCAAAUGGCGAAAAUUGCUUUGCAAGUAUAGAGGGCCAAAGGUGCCGCAAUCCAAGAUAUGUAGCUAUCGCCUUUCUAAAAUAAUUGCUUAUGCCAUUGUUUGCCAGAAGUAAAUAUUUGAAUAAAAUAUGCUUCAAAUGUAGUCAAAACAAUAUUAAUUACAUAAUUAUCCAAUUACUUUAAAAUUACUUGAUCAUUUAAUGUUUCUAUAACCAGUUUUUAUUGAAUUAAUAACUAAGUUGGCACUACUGGACUUCCAUAAAUGUACCACUUAAAUGAUAAUACGCAGAUAUAUGUAUUUACAACAUUAUUUAAAUUCUAACAUUUGUAAACAGUAAUUUGUUAAACUGUAAUUAGUCCCUCUCUCCAUAAAUAGCCACAAUACUUGAGUAAUUAUGCAUAUUUUGUCAAAUUAUUCAUUGGAUUUUCCUCUUUUUUUUUUUCCAUUUGCUCUUUUCUUAAGAAUAAUAAGUCGCUUACAAAUUGUUUGGGGUUUUGCGCUCCAGAAAUUAUUUAUGUAUUUAAAUUCUGUCAAAAAUGUAUGUUGUAUUUUAUUCCAGUUUAAUUAAACUGGCAUUUUUGGUCCUCCAUAAUUAAGGCAACAUAGUAACCAUGCAACCUAAUCAGAAAUGAGGAUGUAGAGUUUUGUGACUUAUCUCAAAUUAACUAGUUUAAAAUGCAAUGGAUUUACUUGUAAUAUUAGUUAAUUAAGUUAAAGUAAUAAUGUGUUUGUUGAAUUUGGGCAGUUUUGUCCGUAUUUUCACUGCAUUGCUUUUCUGUUUUAUUAAACCUACUUAUGCAUUAUAUUGAAUUGCGACACUUAGGGUGCUCCAUAGGUUCACUGCAUUCAUUUCCAGUUUUGCUCAAACUGUUUAUGGGUUUCAUUGAAUUGUGGCAGUUUUGGUUCCCCUUAGGCCCGUCUCUGCCACGCUUAAUGACGCGCAUAGAUCAUAUUCUAUUAAGUUCCAUUCGCUCGAUCUGAUUGGUUAGAUGUAUAGGUGUGUCAGGGGGGCGUUUCCUGGGGGAGGAGACCCGCGGCUUUUGACAGCGGAGGGAGGAGGAAGAGGUGACGCGUCAAGGUCCUGACGGAUCCGGUCACAGGACCAAAACACGUCCCUCCCUCACUCACUCACUCACUCAUCUGGUCUCCGGCAGACUUUCGACAUAAUCUGGAAAUACUUCGAGUGGCAGCGGCUGAGUCUGGAGAGUGAUGGGUAACCCCUAUAAGUUUGGAUCCCCGAUCUCCAGCAUGGCAGCCGAACUCUACAGCCCCCCGUCGCCUCUUGGGGAAUCCCUCCUGGACAGUCCGCUGUGUGGCGACCUGAUAGAAAAUCUGCCCGACUUUUCCCAGUCAAUGGAAGAUGACUCACUGGGAUUUGAUUUCCCAGAAUACCAAACCACUGAUUCUGGGCCCAGCAGCUCCAUCCCAUUGGAUACUCUGACUCCGGCCUCCAGUCCUUUGCCUGGGGAGUGCGGCGCAUCGCUUUGUCCAGAAGAAGGUAGCGGCGCCCUUAACCUCGAGUGCCGCGUGUGCACAGACAAAGCUUCGGGCUUUCACUACGGAGUGCAUGCGUGUGAGGGCUGCAAGGGUUUCUUUCGGAGGACCAUCAGACUGAAGCUGGAAUACGAUAAGUGUGAACGCAGCUGUAAGAUCCUGAAGAAGAAUAGAAACAAGUGCCAGUACUGCAGGUUCCAAAAGUGUGUGUCUGUGGGGAUGUCCCACAACGCCAUCCGGUUUGGUCGCAUGCCCCAAGCAGAGAAGCUGAAGCUCAAGGAGGAAAGCAAGGUUGUUGAAACAGAAGAAGAAGACCCGGUCAAGGCCGACCACAAGAUCCUGGUCAGACAGAUCCACGAAGCCUACAUCAAGAACUUCAACAUGAACAAGGCAAAAGCGCGGCUCAUACUAACCGGAAAAACCAGCCAGCCGCCUUUCAUCAUCCACGACAUGGAGACGUUUCAGCUUGCCGAGAAGACGUUAGCGGCCCACAUGGUGAGGACCGAGUCUGCGGAGCCUGACCUUCAUCUUCAAACUGGCCAGAUAACCCCGGCGCUGGUUUGUGAGGAGCUCCAGCAAAGGGAGGCCGAGGCCAGGCUCUUCUACUGCUGCCAGAGUACCUCAGUGGAGACGGUCACAGAGCUAACAGAGUUCGCUAAAGCUGUGCCUGGCUUUCAGAGCUUGGAUUUGAACGAUCAGGUGACUCUCUUGAAAUAUGCAGUAUAUGAAGCCCUUUUCACCCUCCUGGCCUCAUGUAUGAACAAAGAUGGCCUCCUUGUGGCCCGUGGCGGAGGCUUCAUCACCCGGGAAUUCCUCAAAGGUCUCCGGCGGCCGUUCAGCGACAUGAUGGAGCCCAAAUUCCAGUUUGCCACUCGCUUCAACUCUCUGGAUCUGGAUGACAGUGACCUAGCUCUCUUUGUGGCAGCUAUCAUCUGCUGUGGAGACCGUCCAGGUCUGGUGGAUGUACCGCCAGUGGAGCAGCUGCAGGAGAGCAUCAUCCAGGCCCUGCGGCUCCACCUGCUGGCCAAUCAUCCAGAUGACGCGUUCCUCUUCCCCAGGCUGCUGCAGAAGCUGGCUGACCUCCGGGAACUGGUCACGGAGCACGCUCAGCUGGUUCAGGACAUCAAGACAACAGAGGACACGUCACUGCACCCGCUCCUGCAGGAAAUCUACAGAGACAUGUAUUGACGAAAUGAGUUGGAGUUCACAUUAUUGUUAAUGAAUUGACAGUGCAGUUCAAUUAUCCGCACAUUCUUCAAGCCGUGCAUGCACUGAUUAAAGCCUAACGAUAUGAAACAUAGAUGUCCUUAGGCGGGGUUAGAAUAGUGCUAUUUAUCGUGUGUGUUUAUACACACAUAUUUAGACAUUGUCACUACACAUGACAAUGUCGAAUGUUACGUGUUUAUAUGAAUCUUUCAAGGUGCUGCUUGAAAACUCAGACCUCAGCUUAGGUUGCCCAUAAGCUUUUCUGGCAUUUUUAAACUGCAGAGUAAAAGCAUGUCUUUGUGAGUCCUGUGAUUUAAAGUCACUGGCCAGUAUUAAAUAUUUGCACUAAAAACACACUCAUCUGUUAAACUGGGCCAUGCAGUAUUUUGUAAAUAUAUCAGGAAUCCAAUGACGACACGGGAGGACAGUAAGGCGGCUGCCAAAUAACCAAUAUCGAUGCCUUAUUUUCUCAUCUGUGACUUUGAGUUGAUCUUGUAAUUAAGUUUUACAUUCUAUUUUCUAAAAACAUAUACAGUACUUGCAAUUCUUUCUGUAAAGUAAUUAUUCUGUAGAAGUACAAUAUAAAUAAAUAUAUAGAAUGUUUGUUUUGUUUUUUGCAGUGCUGUGAUUCACAUUUAGAUACAUGCCUAAGAAGAUUUAAAUUAUAUUUUUAACCGCAGUCCCAAUUGUCGCAAUGUUCCAGAUUUUUUAAAUGUCCAUUCUGGUUUGUCUGUAAAUGAAAUUAUAUUCAAAAAGCAGGAUUUUUUUUCAGGCUUUCUUUUCCUUUGCCGUUACACCAGACACACUAUCAAGGAGGAUCUCGAAUGUAAAUAAACCAGCCUGUUCAGUAAUUACCUAUCAUUUCAUCCAGACAUAUCAAAUGCUCUCUGUUUGUAAAAAUAAAUAACUAUAACAUUCUACACAUCUCCAUAUUGUCAGAUAUGAACCGUCUAGACUCAUUACAAAUCUGCAUAACCUGCGUUUACAGACUCUGUUAAAGUCGUGUCUCACAUAUGAUAGUUUUUCCGUUCGUGUUAGGGAUUAUUCCUGCUCUGUGGUUCCUCACCAUUUUGGGGCUCCCAGGGGCCCAUUUUGAAUCCACCGCUGUUUAUCUUGUACAUGUUGCCCUUUGGCUAAUUUUUAGGGAACACAAUGUUUCUUUUUACUGCGAUGCAGUUCGUUUUCUACUCUGUAUGCAUUUUAUUGUUUUGUUUGGCUCAGCUGUGAAGUACUUCCAUCAGUUUUCGCUGCUCUUAAAAGUGCUAAUGAAAGAAAUUACAACACGAAUGUUUUUUAGGAACUUAGAAUACUGCUAACGUGAAUAAAAGGUUUGACAUGUAAUAUAAAUGUAUAAAAAAAUUGAUUUAGUAAAUAAA